CAAGUAGGAUGUCCUUCCGGGUACGUCCUGACUGGAUGCUCAGGAAAGGUGAAGGACAAUCGGGAUCAAACUGAUGGGGAGGAAAUAUUCUUCCUCACUGGAGCCACAUGUGGGGCCUUUGAAGGAGGGUCACCUACGGCACCUCUCCAGGCGGUGGCAAGAUGUUGCAUGUUGACGGGUCUCACGUGUGACUACCGGACGUCCGGCCCUUCACUGGAUGUCCUCGGCCAGAGAAUUGAGACUAGGUGUCAGAACAACAUGUAUGCCACUGGUUGUGCUGCGCACACCUACUUCCAGUUAUCUGACGGAGCCUUCCCAUCAGCACAUUCCUGUAUUGCUCAGAAUUUUGAAAACAAAGGAGGGUUGCAGUCCUCGGCAGUGUGUUGCUCGGCCCCUUAUCUCACGUGCCGCGUGAAGGUCUCCCCUCCCUCGGGUCACAAGCUGGGGGAUGCAACGUCUGUGUCAUGUGACUCUGGCUGGCACCUCGUGGGAUGCUCAGCCUACUCAGAGGAUGCUAAACUGAGUGGGGCCCAUAUAAGAGGUAACCCGGAACAGUGUGAGGCAGUGAAUGGAGCCGAGAAACUGUACUGGGAGAUGGGGGCUGUAGCCUACGCCACCUGCUGCCGCGGACGGUUAUGAGAAUAAAACUCACAAACUUAA